GCCGCGGCGGAGAGAGGAGCUGCGCCGGGGCUCAGGCGGGUGCUCGCCCCGACGGGGCCGCGGCCGAGGCCGGCGGGAGCGGGGGCGGCCGCCAUGCGUUUUACUACCCCGGAGCCAUUCGGGAUUUAGCUCCCAGGAGGAGGAGGAGGAGGCGGCUUUAGAAGGAUGUCGACCUACAAGCGAGCGACGCUGGACGACGAAGACCCCCUGGACUCCAUCAGCGAAGGUGAUGGCUACCCCAAUGGCUUCCAGGUGAACUUCCGAGGCUCACGGAGCAGCCCGGGGUGCUGGGCUGAGCGGACGCGCACUGAGAAGCAGCUGAUGGUGCUGGUGGGGGUGCUGGUGGGGGUGUUGGCAGCGUGUCUGCUGGGCAUCAUCUUCCAGUACAGAGCCAGGCCGCCUGCUGUGUGCCUGUCAGAAGCCUGCAUCUCUGUCACCAGCUCCAUCCUCAGCUCCCUGGACCGGGCAGUGAAUCCCUGUGAGGACUUUUUCAGCUAUGCCUGCGGGGGCUGGAUCAAGGCCAACCCCCUCCCUGAUGGCCACUCGCGCUGGGGCACCUUCAACAACCUCUGGGAGCACAACCAGGCCAUCAUGAAGCAUCUGCUGGAAAACACCACGGCCAAUGUGUCGAGCGAGGCGGAGCGCAAGGCGCAGCGUUACUACCAGGCCUGCAUGAACGAGAGCAAAAUCGAGGAGCUGCGUGCUGCCCCGCUGGUGGAGCUCAUCCAAAAGCUGGGUGGCUGGAACAUCACAGGGCCCUGGGCAGGGGACAACUUCAACGUGACGCUGCGGGAGGUGACGGCGCAUUACCGCACGUCGCCCUUCUUCUCCGUCUACGUCAGCGCCGACUCCAAGAACUCCAACAGCAACGUCAUCCAGGUGGAUCAGUCGGGGUUAGGCCUCCCAUCACGGGAUUAUUACCUGAACAAGACAGAGAACGAAAAGGUGCUCGCUGGGUACCUGAACUACAUGGUGCAGCUGGGGAUGUUCCUGGGAGGCACUGAUGAGGAGUCCACACGGCAGCAGAUGCAGCAGAUCUUGGACUUUGAGACAGCCUUGGCCAACAUCACCAUCCCACAGGAGAAGCACCGGGAUGAGGAGAUCAUCUACCAUAAAAUGACAGUUGGAGACCUGAAGGAGCUGGCACCGGCUGUGGACUGGAUGCCCUUCCUCUCCACAGUCUUCUACCCUGUGGAGCUCAAUGAGUCGGAGCCCGUCGUAGUCUACGCUAAGGAGUACCUGGAGCAGGUGUCUGACCUCAUCCUGGCCACUGAUAAAUGUCUCCUCAACAACUACAUGAUCUGGAACCUGGUGAGGAAAACCAGCCCCUUCCUCGACCAGCGCUUCCAGGACGCUGAGGAAAAAUUCAUGGAAGUGAUGUAUGGGACCAAGAAGACCUGCCUCCCACGCUGGAAGUUUUGCAUCAGUGACACAGACAACAACCUGGGCUUUGCCCUGGGGGCCAUGUUUGUCAAGGCCACCUUUGCUGAGGACAACAAGCAGGUGGCAGAGGAAAUGAUUGCAGAGAUUAAAACAGCCUUUGAGGAAAGCCUGGAGACCCUGCAGUGGAUGGAUGAAGAGACGAGGAAGUCGGCCAAAGAGAAGGCAGAUGCCAUCUACAACAUGAUCGGCUACCCCAAGUUCAUCAUGGACCCCAAGGAGCUGGAUAAAGUCUUUAAUGAUUAUGAGGCCGUGUCUGACCUCUACUUCGAGAACGUUGUGCAGUUCUACAACUUCUCAGCCAGGGUCAUUGCUGACCAGCUCCGGAAACCACCCAACCGGGACCAGUGGAGCAUGACACCUCCGACAGUCAAUGCCUACUACUCUCCCACUAAGAACGAGAUUGUCUUCCCUGCUGGUAUCCUCCAGGCCCCUUUUUACACCCGUGCAUCUCCCAAGUCACUGAAUUUUGGUGGCAUCGGUGUGGUGGUGGGCCAUGAGCUGACACAUGCCUUUGAUGACCAAGGUCGGGAGUACGACAAGGAUGGCAACCUGCGUCCGUGGUGGAAGAACUCCUCAGUGGAGGCCUUCAAGAGGCAGACAGCUUGCAUGGUGGAGCAGUAUGGGAACUACACCAUCAACGGCGAGGCCAUCAAUGGCAAGCACACCCUGGGGGAGAACAUUGCUGACAACGGGGGCCUCAAGGCUGCCUACAGGGCAUAUCAAAACUGGCUGAAAAAGAAUGGGGAAGAGGAAACUCUCCCGACCCUUGGCCUCACCAACCACCAGCUCUUCUUCGUUGGCUUCGCACAAGUGUGGUGCUCGGUUCGCACGCCGGAGAGCUCCCACGAGGGGCUCAUCACCGACCCCCACAGCCCCUCGCGCUUCCGCGUCAUCGGCACCGUCUCCAACUCGCGGGAGUUCGCGGAGCAUUUCAGCUGCCCCCUCGGCUCCCCCAUGAAUCCCCCCAAGAAAUGCGAAGUGUGGUGACCAGGCUGAAGCCGCCCAAGAGAACCAACUGCCCGUUUGCUUCAUCCUCUGCCGAUGGCUGAAUAUUUUCUCCCCCCCCUUGGUCCUUUCAAGAGGCUCAAACCACUUCUCCGUGUGCCGAUCUGCGCCCGGCUCUGAGCCGGAGCGACGUUUCCCGUCCCUGCUGUCGGCUGAGGUUCGAUGCACUGUGAAAACUCGUCCCCUCGCUCGCUCCUUUGUCAAAUGACUUUGGUUGGGGGGGGUGCCAGGAAGGGGGUUUUGUCUCUUCCCACCACGACCAGGCUGUGUCUCGAGGUGUGUGUGCCCAUGGGCACCACCCAGCCUGACCCCUGCCCGGGCCAAACGCCUCUUUGUUUUUAGAGAGGAGACAAAGGGAAGGCCGUGCUGUUGGCUUGGCUGUGUGUCUCAGUACAGCCAGCAUACCUUCCUCUCUCCAAAGAUGCACACAUGAGGAUGGAAAACAGCUUAAGAUCUAUUUUUUGGGGGGGGAGGGGGGCAAAUAUAUCUAUUUUUUUCAUGCAUUAUGGAAUACACUGGAAAAAUUCAGGGAAAAUGCAUUUAAAAGCCUUUUUUUUUAGUGAAGACUAGUAUAUUUAUUAAUUCCUUUUGGUUUUUUACUCAGUGCAGCUGUAGGUGCAGCACCCUGUGAUGACAGUCCCUCAGCUGGAGAAGGCUGUGGGUGAAACUUAGGUGGUCCCUGAAUCCCAGGUUGCUCCAGGUGGGAUGGUCCUCAGAGGAAUGCUGCUGGGGAGAUUGGGGACAAAGGGACCCAGGGACAGGGCUGGAGGAUGCUGUGGGUCACAGAGAUGCUCAGCUCUAAUUUCAGAGUGCAAAGGGAAAAGCUGAUGUGCCAAAGAUGUAACUGAUGGUGUGGGUGAAGCAUACCCUGUUCUCCCUCCUGUCCUUUCUGAAGUGAGGCCAGCCAGCAUGUUUUUUUUUUCUUCUUCCCAGCCCAAAAACUUCCCCAGACAACUGCAGGUGCUUCCUGCUGCUGCUUUGCUCACUGCCAUGCCCAGCCUCUAUGCCUGGGAAACUGCAAGCCCCAGAAUCACUGUGUGGCCCCAGCCCUCCCUGGGCACUGGGAUGGGGUUGAGGGCCUUUCUUAAGGGAUUGUUUUUAAUGCUCCUUUUGCAGUUUGGAGAGGAAACCACUGAUGGUAGCUCAGGUGCUGUGUGUUGUCUCAUGAGGCACCUUGUUCUAGACAGAAAGCCAAGAUGUAGAGGGACUUUUAAUAUUUAUAUGUAAAAGGAGGGAUAUGGGGGGUGUUUUGUAACUAUUUUUUCACCCUACACAUGGAGCUUCUCCUAAUGGAAAUAAUAAAUACUUUUUACUUGGUC